AUGGCAGUGAUGUGCUUCGCAGCUUGUUUCCCGGCUGCCAUUAGACACAUAAGAAGCAGUAGAGUCUGGAGCAGAUGUUUUAACGGGACGUUGUGUCUCGUGUAAAGCAGCAAACCUCGGCUGUUAUCACACUCUGCACAUGUCGUGUGUCUCCCGUCAGCCCCCUGCACCCCUCCUAUCUGCCUGUCAGACAGCCUCAGUCUCGCGCUAUUUAUGAAGGGCUCUCACGGUGGGUGUCACAGGUCUGAUGCUGCAGCUGCUGCUUCCUGUACCGAAGCACCACCACCUCCACAAUCCGCCACGGCCGUAGCCCUUCACGCUUGAGAGCCCCCACACACCGAGCCGCAACACGCAGGACUCUGUCGCCGACCUGCGGAGAGAAGCCAGCCGAGUCCGUGUCCUGGUGUGCGCGUCGCUAAAACUCGUUCGGCGUUGUCUGAGAAGAAGCUAAGGAGACGCAGGGCACGAUUUUUCCUGGAGCUGGUGCUAGCUUGUAGCGGCUAGGUGGCUAAUGGCUAGUAGCAGCAGGUAGAUAAAGCAGGAGAAGCGUUUUAAACCUAGAAAUGUGCUUCUUCCAAAUGUUAUAAACGCACCGACAGACCCACUGGACUUUUUACUCUCCUCUCGGCAUGACAGGUUUUAGCACCGUGUCUCACUGACAUGCUACCGACAGUGCACUAAAUCUUGCUAACGCUAGCUAGCUAACCGACUAGCCACCCAGAGCUGACCCUGUUGCUUUAUUUCAGACUGAGUUUCUAACAAGGGAGAGAGCUCAUCAGCUGCCGCUGCUCGGCUCAGUGCUUUAUUCGUGAAAGUCGUGUGGGGUAGUUAUCGUAAUGCCUGCUAAAAAAAGACCCUUGCCCCUGAACAUAACGCCCAUUGGGGAGGGACAGGCCACCUCCAACGCCAUUGAUGCUGCAUCUGAAGCAAACCUCGAGGCCUUACAGAAGAAGCUGGGUGAGCUGGACCUGGAUGAACAGCAGAGGAAACGGCUGGAGGCCUUCCUCACCCAGAAAGCUCAGGUCGGGGAGCUGAAGGAUGAGGACUUUGACCCCAUCUGUGAGUUGGGUGCUGGAAACGGAGGAGUGGUCAACAAGGUCCGCCACAAACCCUCUGGUUUGGUCAUGGCCCGGAAGUUGAUUCACCUGGAAAUCAAACCUGCCAUCAGAAACCAGAUCAUCAGAGAGCUGCAGGUGCUGCAUGAAUGCAACUCCCCCUACAUUGUGGGCUUCUAUGGGGCCUUUUACAGCGAUGGAGAGAUCAGCAUCUGUAUGGAGCACAUGGAUGGUGGAUCCUUGGACCAGGUCCUGAAGGAAGCCAGAAGAAUCCCAGAAGAAAUCCUGGGAAAAGUCAGCAUAGCUGUAUUGAGAGGAUUAGCUUACCUGCGGGAGAAGCAUCAGAUCAUGCACAGAGAUGUCAAGCCCUCCAACAUUCUGGUCAACUCUCGCGGGGAGAUCAAGCUGUGCGACUUUGGUGUGAGCGGCCAGCUCAUAGAUUCCAUGGCCAACUCCUUUGUUGGAACGCGCUCCUACAUGUCGCCGGAGAGACUGCAGGGCACUCACUACUCUGUUCAGUCUGACGUGUGGAGCAUGGGUCUGUCCCUGGUGGAGUUGGCAAUCGGCCGCUACCCCAUCCCCCCUCCGGACACCAAAGAACUGGAGGCUGUCUUUGGACGGGCUGUUCUAGACGGGGCCGAGGUAGAGCCUCACACCAACACGCAGAGGCCCAGACCACCAGGCAAGCCUGUGAGCGGACAUGGAGUGGACAGCCGACCUGCUAUGGCCAUCUUUGAACUUUUGGACUACAUUGUAAAUGAGCCGCCUCCCCAACUGCCACAUGGCGUCUUUACCACUGACUUCCAGGACUUUGUGACAAAGUGUUUGAUCAAGAACCCAGCAGAGAGAGCAGAUCUGAAGAAGCUGAUGAGUCACACGUUCAUCAAACGAUCAGAGGUGGAGGAAGUGGACUUUGCCGGCUGGUUGUGCAAAACCAUGGAACUCAACCAGCCCAGCACUCCCACCCGCAGCACUGAGUGAACAGGCCCCCUGCUCCCCACUGCCCUGACACACCUCUGGGUCUUGCUUGCAUACACAGACAUAUACUAUACACACACACACACACACACACACACACACACACACACACACACACACACACACAAGCCAUCACACAUAGUGGCACUUUUCUUUCAUCUUGCUCUUGGAUAAAACGGUUUUUGCUCGCCCCCCCAUUUAUUUCCUCACCAGCAGCAGGGCCUGUCGAGUCAUUGUACUGUAAGACCACAGCUUCACUAUGCCAGUGUCAAAGAGUAGCCUCAGCUCACUUCUCCACACAGCUAGAGAGGAUAUAAAGCACUGAAGGGCUGCCAGUGUGCUCAAUUUGCAUUGAUUGACGAAAAUUCUUUUGUAUUGUUGAAUAUUCUGUAUUAAUCUUUUCUAUGGCAACGGUCGAUGGCUUGUGGGAUUUUAAUGAAUUACCUACUGUAGAGUUUUGUUGGGCUGAAAAUGACCAGAGAGAAAUCCGUACGUAAAUCACAUUACUUGCAAAUUCCAAAUUUGUUUUAUCGAAGGUGAACUCUGUUGUUUUGAUUCAAAAUCCCUUUGUCAAACUUGCUCAUCUUAAAAAUUUGUGACUGCAAUUACCUCCUAUAAGUGCGCUGGAGAACUGGGCCCAUCAGGAGUCAUGUGCACUUUUUGGUAAUUGAGCGAUCACUCUAAAAAUCACUUUGUGAACAGUGUCACAAACCAAAGAGGGUACUCAUGACUACUAAUGCCUGAUCAGUUUUCUUUUGUAUGCACAUUCAUGAACAGUAUAUCAGUGCACUUUGAAUGUUUCUUUUUCCAAUUAGUGACCUACACGCCGAUUGUGUUGACAUUGUUUCCUCUGCAUACACCCCACACAGUGUGUCUCGUGUUUGGAGGUGUAUGCUGUGGAGGCCUGAUACACUCCAGAAUGUCUUUUUUGACAUCGAGAAAACAAUGAUCAAACCGUAUUCAUGGGAUGAUAUAGCAUGGUUUAUUAUCUUUCUAAUACUGUAUGUGUAUUUUAUUUCCCAACAUCAUGAUGGUGAUGAUUUAGCUGGUGUUUUUAUCAAAAGCCUGAAUCUCUGCAAUGUCAAUAUGAAAUCUCAAAUCACAUUGACAAUUUAACUUUUAUUUGUCUUAGUUGUUGGUCUGUACUUUCCCCCCUGAAGUGUAUUUGGUUAUGUUUUCCCUGUACUGCUAAUGUGUGGCACUCCAAGCUUUCUCUUUGGACACAAACAGAAGAGGUGUGCUUUUGGAAAAGAAUUGGGUUGAACACGCUUGAAAACCCUUUCCCUGUGCUUUAACCCUAUUAUUUGUCCGACUGCAAGUGGAACUUAAGUCAUAAGUAGUACAAAGGGUUUGACUGAAAAAUUUUAACCCAGGUCAGUGUUGGUCACAUGGUGGUGGUAUUACACUUGCUAGCCUGCCGUCUUGCUAGAGCUCUUGUAUUCUCUCUGUUAUGGCUGCCCUUAUUCCCCCAGAAACAUGCAUUCGUUCCGAGCUAAAUGGAUGCAUCUUCACUCGUAUGUGUACAAAGCUAUAUACAAAAAUUACAGGAGUACUAUUUUGCAGUCUUAAUAUACAAAUUUUUGAUUUAUGUAAA